CGGGCAUGGCCAUGGGUGUGCCUGUGCCCGUCGCAGUGCCCCUCACCCUGCCAGCCCCCCUGCCGCUUGCUCCGCCCCUGCUGCCGUCCUCCUCGCCCUUCACCACGUGCGCUCCUGCCUCUCCUGUUGCCCCCCCCCGCCCCCUCGCCUCUCCUCUUGUUCGCUGCUGCCCUUCAUCCUGCAUGCGUUGGCUUCAGUCCUCUCCGUUGCUCUCAUGUUCGCUGCUGCCCUUCAUCCUGCAUGCGUUGGCUUCAGUCCUCUCCGUUGCUCUCAUGUUCGCUGCUGCCCUUCAUCCUGCAUGCGUUGGCUUCAGUCCUCUCCGUUGCUCUCAUGUUCGCUGCUGCCCUUCAUCCUGCAUGCGUUGGCUUCAGUCCUCUCCGUUGCUCUCAUGUUCGCUGCUGCCCUUCAUCCUGCAUGCGUUGGCUUCAGUCCUCUCCGUUGCUCUCAUGUUCGCUGCUGCCCUUCAUCCUGCAUGCGUUGGCUUCAGUCCUCUCCGUUGCUCUCAUGUUCGCUGCUGCCCUUCAUCCUGCAUGCGUUGGCUUCAGUCCUCUCCGUUGCUCUCAUGUUCGCUGCUGCCCUUCAUCCUGCAUGCGUUGGCUUCAGUCCUCUCCUUUGCUCUCAUGUUCGCUGCUGCCCUUCAUCCUGCAUGCGUUGGCUUCAGUCCUCUCCGUUGCUCUCAUGUUCGCUGCUGCCCUUCAUCCUGCAUGCGUUGGCUUCAGUCCUCUCCGUUGCUCUCAUGUUCGCCGCUGCCCUUCAUCCUGCAUGCGUUGGCUUCAGUCCUCUCCGUUGCUCUCAUGUUCGCCGCUGCCCUUCAUCCUGCAUGCGUUGGCUUCAGUCCUCUCCGUUGCUCUCAUGUUCGCCGCUGCCCUUCAUCCUGCAUGCGUUGGCUUCAGUCCUCUCCGUUGCUCUCAUGUUCGCCGCUGCCCUUCAUCCUGCAUGCGUUGGCUUCAGUCCUCUCCGUUGCUCUCAUGUUCGCCGCUGCCCUUCAUCCUGCAUGCGUUGGCUUCAGUCCUCUCCGUCGCUCUCAUGUUCGAUGCUGCCCUUCAUCCUGCAUGCGUUGGCUUCAGUCCUCUCCGUCGCUCUCAUGUUCGCUGCUGCCCUUCAUCCUGCAUGCGUUGGCUUCAGUCCUCUCCGUCGCUCUCAUGUUCGCUGCUGCCCUUCAUCCUGCAUGCGUUGGCUUCAGUCCUCUCCGUCGCUCUCAUGUUCGCUGCUGCCCUUCAUCCUGCAUGCGUUGGCUUCAGUCCUCUCCGUCGCUCUCAUGUUCGCUGCUGCCCUUCAUCCUGCAUGCGUUGGCUUCAGUCCUCUCCGUCGCUCUCAUGUUCGCUGCUGCCCUUCAUCCUGCAUGCGUUGGCUUCAGUCCUCUCCGUCGCUCUCAUGUUCGCUGCUGCCCUUCAUCCUGCAUGCGUUGGCUUCAGUCCUCUCCGUCGCUCUCAUGUUCGCUGCUGCCCUUCAUCCUGCAUGCGUUGGCUUCAGUCCUCUCCGUCGCUCUCAUGUUCGCUGCUGCCCUUCAUCCUGCAUGCGUUGGCUUCAGUCCUCUCCGUCGCUCUCAUGUUCGCUGCUGCCCUUCAUCCUGCAUGCGUUGGCUUCAGUCCUCUCCGUCGCUCUCAUGUUCGCUGCUGCCCUUCAUCCUGCAUGCGUUGGCUUCAGUCCUCUCCGUCGCUCUCAUGUUCGCUGCUGCCCUUCAUCCUGCAUGCGUUGGCUUCAGUCCUCUCCGUCGCUCUCAUGUUCGCUGCUGCCCUUCAUCCUGCAUGCGUUGGCUUCAGUCCUCUCCGUCGCUCUCAUGUUCGCUGCUGCCCUUCAUCCUGCAUGCGUUGGCUUCAGUCCUCUCCGUCGCUCUCAUGUUCGCUGCUGCCCUUCAUCCUGCAUGCGUUGGCUUCAGUCCUCUCCGUCGCUCUCAUGUUCGCUGCUGCCCUUCAUCCUGCAUGCGUUGGCUUCAGUCCUCUCCGUCGCUCUCAUGUUCGCUGCUGCCCUUCAUCCUGCAUGCGUUGGCUUCAGUCCUCUCCGUCGCUCUCAUGUUCGCUGCUGCCCUUCAUCCUGCAUGCGUUGGCUUCAGUCCUCUCCGUCGCUCUCAUGUUCGCUGCUGCCCUUCAUCCUGCAUGCGUUGGCUUCAGUCCUCUCCGUCGCUCUCAUGUUCGCUGCUGCCCUUCAUCCUGCAUGCGUUGGCUUCAGUCCUCUCCGUCGCUCUCAUGUUCGCUGCUGCCCUUCAUCCUGCAUGCGUUGGCUUCAGUCCUCUCCGUCGCUCUCAUGUUCGCUGCUGCCCUUCAUCCUGCAUGCGUUGGCUUCAGUCCUCUCCGUCGCUCUCAUGUUCGCUGCUGCCCUUCAUCCUGCAUGCGUUGGCUUCAGUCCUCUCCGUCGCUCUCAUGUUCGCUGCUGCCCUUCAUCCUGCAUGCGUUGGCUUCAGUCCUCUCCGUCGCUCUCAUGUUCGCUGCUGCCCUUCAUCCUGCAUGCGUUGGCUUCAGUCCUCUCCGUCGCUCUCAUGUUCGCUGCUGCCCUUCAUCCUGCAUGCGUUGGCUUCAGUCCUCUCCGUCGCUCUCAUGUUCGCUGCUGCCCUUCAUCCUGCAUGCGUUGGCUUCAGUCCUCUCCGUCGCUCUCAUGUUCGCUGCUGCCCUUCAUCCUGCAUGCGUUGGCUUCAGUCCUCUCCGUCGCUCUCAUGUUCGCUGCUGCCCUUCAUCCUGCAUGCGUUGGCUUCAGUCCUCUCCGUCGCUCUCAUGUUCGCUGCUGCCCUUCAUCCUGCAUGCGUUGGCUUCAGUCCUCUCCGUCGCUCUCAUGUUCGCUGCUGCCCUUCAUCCUGCAUGCGUUGGCUUCAGUCCUCUCCGUCGCUCUCAUGUUCGCUGCUGCCCUUCAUCCUGCAUGCGUUGGCUUCAGUCCUCUCCGUCGCUCUCAUGUUCGCUGCUGCCCUUCAUCCUGCAUGCGUUGGCUUCAGUCCUCUCCGUCGCUCUCAUGUUCGCUGCUGCCCUUCAUCCUGCAUGCGUUGGCUGCAGUCCUCUCCGUCGCUCUCAUGUUCGCUGCUGCCCUUCAUCCUGCAUGCGUUGGCUUCAGUCCUCUCCGUCGCUCUCAUGUUCGCUGCUGCCCUUCAUCCUGCAUGCGUUGGCUUCAGUCCUCUCCGUCGCUCUCAUGUUCGCUGCUGCCCUUCAUCCUGCAUGCGUUGGCUUCAGUCCUCUCCGUCGCUCUCAUGUUCGCUGCUGCCCUUCAUCCUGCAUGCGUUGGCUGCAGUCCUCUCCGUCGCUCUCAUGUUCGCUGCUGCCCUUCAUCCUGCAUGCGUUGGCUGCAGUCCUCUCCGUCGCUCUCAUGUUCGCUGCUGCCCUUCAUCCUGCAUGCGUUGGCUUCAGUCCUCUCCGUCGCUCUCAUGUUCGCUGCUGCCCUUCAUCCUGCAUGCGUUGGCUUCAGUCCUCUCCGUCGCUCUCAUGUUCGCUGCUGCCCUUCAUCCUGCAUGCGUUGGCUUCAGUCCUCUCCGUCGCUCUCAUGUUCGCUGCUGCCCUUCAUCCUGCAUGCGUUGGCUUCAGUCCUCUCCGUCGCUCUCAUGUUCGCUGCUGCCCUUCAUCCUGCAUGCGUUGGCUUCAGUCCUCUCCGUCGCUCUCAUGUUCGCUGCUGCCCUUCAUCCUGCAUGCGUUGGCUUCAGUCCUCUCCGUCGCUCUCAUGUUCGCUGCUGCCCUUCAUCCUGCAUGCGUUGGCUUCAGUCCUCUCCGUCGCUCUCAUGUUCGCUGCUGCCCUUCAUCCUGCAUGCGUUGGCUUCAGUCCUCUCCGUCGCUCUCAUGUUCGCUGCUGCCCUUCAUCCUGCAUGCGUUGGCUUCAGUCCUCUCCGUCGCUCUCAUGUUCGCUGCUGCCCUUCAUCCUGCAUGCGUUGGCUUCAGUCCUCUCCGUCGCUCUCAUGUUCGCUGCUGCCCUUCAUCCUGCAUGCGUUGGCUUCAGUCCUCUCCGUCGCUCUCAUGUUCGCUGCUGCCCUUCAUCCUGCAUGCGUUGGCUUCAGUCCUCUCCGUCGCUCUCAUGUUCGCUGCUGCCCUUCAUCCUGCAUGCGUUGGCUUCAGUCCUCUCCGUCGCUCUCAUGUUCGCUGCUGCCCUUCAUCCUGCAUGCGUUGGCUUCAGUCCUCUCCGUCGCUCUCAUGUUCGCUGCUGCCCUUCAUCCUGCAUGCGUUGGCUUCAGUCCUCUCCGUCGCUCUCAUGUUCGCUGCUGCCCUUCAUCCUGCAUGCGUUGGCUUCAGUCCUCUCCGUCGCUCUCAUGUUCGCUGCUGCCCUUCAUCCUGCAUGCGUUGGCUUCAGUCCUCUCCGUCGCUCUCAUGUUCGCUGCUGCCCUUCAUCCUGCAUGCGUUGGCUUCAGUCCUCUCCGUCGCUCUCAUGUUCGCUGCUGCCCUUCAUCCUGCAUGCGUUGGCUUCAGUCCUCUCCGUCGCUCUCAUGUUCGCUGCUGCCCUUCAUCCUGCAUGCGUUGGCUUCAGUCCUCUCCGUCGCUCUCAUGUUCGCUGCUGCCCUUCAUCCUGCAUGCGUUGGCUUCAGUCCUCUCCGUCGCUCUCAUGUUCGCUGCUGCCCUUCAUCCUGCAUGCGUUGGCUUCAGUCCUCUCCGUCGCUCUCAUGUUCGCUGCUGCCCUUCAUCCUGCAUGCGUUGGCUUCAGUCCUCUCCGUCGCUCUCAUGUUCGCUGCUGCCCUUCAUCCUGCAUGCGUUGGCUUCAGUCCUCUCCGUCGCUCUCAUGUUCGCUGCUGCCCUUCAUCCUGCAUGCGUUGGCUUCAGUCCUCUCCGUCGCUCUCAUGUUCGCUGCUGCCCUUCAUCCUGCAUGCGUUGGCUUCAGUCCUCUCCGUCGCUCUCAUGUUCGCUGCUGCCCUUCAUCCUGCAUGCGUUGGCUUCAGUCCUCUCCGUCGCUCUCAUGUUCGCUGCUGCCCUUCAUCCUGCAUGCGUUGGCUUCAGUCCUCUCCGUCGCUCUCAUGUUCGCUGCUGCCCUUCAUCCUGCAUGCGUUGGCUUCAGUCCUCUCCGUCGCUCUCAUGUUCGCUGCUGCCCUUCAUCCUGCAUGCGUUGGCUUCAGUCCUCUCCGUCGCUCUCAUGUUCGCUGCUGCCCUUCAUCCUGCAUGCGUUGGCUUCAGUCCUCUCCGUCGCUCUCAUGUUCGCUGCUGCCCUUCAUCCUGCAUGCGUUGGCUUCAGUCCUCUCCGUCGCUCUCAUGUUCGCUGCUGCCCUUCAUCCUGCAUGCGUUGGCUUCAGUCCUCUCCGUCGCUCUCAUGUUCGCUGCUGCCCUUCAUCCUGCAUGCGUUGGCUUCAGUCCUCUCCGUCGCUCUCAUGUUCGCUGCUGCCCUUCAUCCUGCAUGCGUUGGCUUCAGUCCUCUCCGUCGCUCUCAUGUUCGCUGCUGCCCUUCAUCCUGCAUGCGUUGGCUUCAGUCCUCUCCGUCGCUCUCAUGUUCGCUGCUGCCCUUCAUCCUGCAUGCGUUGGCUUCAGUCCUCUCCGUCGCUCUCAUGUUCGCUGCUGCCCUUCAUCCUGCAUGCGUUGGCUUCAGUCCUCUCCGUCGCUCUCAUGUUCGCUGCUGCCCUUCAUCCUGCAUGCGUUGGCUUCAGUCCUCUCCGUCGCUCUCAUGUUCGCUGCUGCCCUUCAUCCUGCAUGCGUUGGCUUCAGUCCUCUCCGUCGCUCUCAUGUUCGCUGCUGCCCUUCAUCCUGCAUGCGUUGGCUUCAGUCCUCUCCGUCGCUCUCAUGUUCGCUGCUGCCCUUCAUCCUGCAUGCGUUGGCUUCAGUCCUCUCCGUCGCUCUCAUGUUCGCUGCUGCCCUUCAUCCUGCAUGCGUUGGCUUCAGUCCUCUCCGUCGCUCUCAUGUUCGCUGCUGCCCUUCAUCCUGCAUGCGUUGGCUUCAGUCCUCUCCGUCGCUCUCAUGUUCGCUGCUGCCCUUCAUCCUGCAUGCGUUGGCUUCAGUCCUCUCCGUCGCUCUCAUGUUCGCUGCUGCCCUUCAUCCUGCAUGCGUUGGCUUCAGUCCUCUCCGUCGCUCUCAUGUUCGCUGCUGCCCUUCAUCCUGCAUGCGUUGGCUUCAGUCCUCUCCGUCGCUCUCAUGUUCGCUGCUGCCCUUCAUCCUGCAUGCGUUGGCUUCAGUCCUCUCCGUCGCUCUCAUGUUCGCUGCUGCCCUUCAUCCUGCAUGCGUUGGCUUCAGUCCUCUCCGUCGCUCUCAUGUUCGCUGCUGCCCUUCAUCCUGCAUGCGUUGGCUUCAGUCCUCUCCGUCGCUCUCAUGUUCGCUGCUGCCCUUCAUCCUGCAUGCGUUGGCUUCAGUCCUCUCCGUCGCUCUCAUGUUCGCUGCUGCCCUUCAUCCUGCAUGCGUUGGCUUCAGUCCUCUCCGUCGCUCUCAUGUUCGCUGCUGCCCUUCAUCCUGCAUGCGUUGGCUUCAGUCCUCUCCGUCGCUCUCAUGUUCGCUGCUGCCCUUCAUCCUGCAUGCGUUGGCUUCAGUCCUCUCCGUCGCUCUCAUGUUCGCUGCUGCCCUUCAUCCUGCAUGCGUUGGCUUCAGUCCUCUCCGUCGCUCUCAUGUUCGCUGCUGCCCUUCAUCCUGCAUGCGUUGGCUUCAGUCCUCUCCGUCGCUCUCAUGUUCGCUGCUGCCCUUCAUCCUGCAUGCGUUGGCUUCAGUCCUCUCCGUCGCUCUCAUGUUCGCUGCUGCCCUUCAUCCUGCAUGCGUUGGCUUCAGUCCUCUCCGUCGCUCUCAUGUUCGCUGCUGCCCUUCAUCCUGCAUGCGUUGGCUUCAGUCCUCUCCGUCGCUCUCAUGUUCGCUGCUGCCCUUCAUCCUGCAUGCGUUGGCUUCAGUCCUCUCCGUCGCUCUCAUGUUCGCUGCUGCCCUUCAUCCUGCAUGCGUUGGCUUCAGUCCUCUCCGUCGCUCUCAUGUUCGCUGCUGCCCUUCAUCCUGCAUGCGUUGGCUUCAGUCCUCUCCGUCGCUCUCAUGUUCGCUGCUGCCCUUCAUCCUGCAUGCGUUGGCUUCAGUCCUCUCCGUCGCUCUCAUGUUCGCUGCUGCCCUUCAUCCUGCAUGCGUUGGCUUCAGUCCUCUCCGUCGCUCUCAUGUUCGCUGCUGCCCUUCAUCCUGCAUGCGUUGGCUUCAGUCCUCUCCGUCGCUCUCAUGUUCGCUGCUGCCCUUCAUCCUGCAUGCGUUGGCUUCAGUCCUCUCCGUCGCUCUCAUGUUCGCUGCUGCCCUUCAUCCUGCAUGCGUUGGCUUCAGUCCUCUCCGUCGCUCUCAUGUUCGCCGCUGCCCUUCAUCCUGCAUGCGUUGGCUUCAGUCCUCUCCGUCGCUCUCAUGUUCGCUGCUGCCCUUCAUCCUGCAUGCGUUGGCUUCAGUCCUCUCCGUCGCUCUCAUGUUCGCUGCUGCCCUUCAUCCUGCAUGCGUUGGCUUCAGUCCUCUCCGUCGCUCUCAUGUUCGCUGCUGCCCUUCAUCCUGCAUGCGUUGGCUUCAGUCCUCUCCGUCGCUCUCAUGUUCGCUGCUGCCCUUCAUCCUGCAUGCGUUGGCUUCAGUCCUCUCCGUCGCUCUCAUGUUCGCUGCUGCCCUUCAUCCUGCAAGCGUUGGCUUCAGUCCUCUCCGUCGCUCUCAUGUUCGCUGCUGCCCUUCAUCCUGCAAGCGUUGGCUUCAGUCCUCUCCGUCGCUCUCAUGUUCGCUGCUGCCCUUCAUCCUGCAUGCGUUGGCUUCAGUCCUCUCCGUCGCUCUCAUGUUCGCUGCUGCCCUUCAUCCUGCAUGCGUUGGCUUCAGUCCUCUCCGUCGCUCUCAUGUUCGCUGCUGCCCUUCAUCCUGCAUGCGUUGGCUUCAGUCCUCUCCGUCGCUCUCAUGUUCGCUGCUGCCCUUCAUCCUGCAUGCGUUGGCUUCAGUCCUCUCCGUCGCUCUCAUGUUCGCUGCUGCCCUUCAUCCUGCAUGCGUUGGCUUCAGUCCUCUCCGUCGCUCUCAUGUUCGCUGCUGCCCUUCAUCCUGCAAGCGUUGGCUUCAGUCCUCUCCGUCGCUCUCAUGUUCGCUGCUGCCCUUCAUCCUGCAUGCGUUGGCUUCAGUCCUCUCCGUCGCUCUCAUGUUCGCUGCUGCCCUUCAUCCUGCAUGCGUUGGCUUCAGUCCUCUCCGUCGCUCUCAUGUUCGCUGCUGCCCUUCAUCCUGCAUGCGUUGGCUUCAGUCCUCUCCGUCGCUCUCAUGUUCGCUGCUGCCCUUCAUCCUGCAUGCGUUGGCUUCAGUCCUCUCCGUCGCUCUCAUGUUCGCUGCUGCCCUUCAUCCUGCAUGCGUUGGCUUCAGUCCUCUCCGUCGCUCUCAUGUUCGCUGCUGCCCUUCAUCCUGCAUGCGUUGGCUUCAGUCCUCUCCGUCGCUCUCAUGUUCGCUGCUGCCCUUCAUCCUGCAUGCGUUGGCUUCAGUCCUCUCCGUCGCUCUCAUGUUCGCUGCUGCCCUUCAUCCUGCAUGCGUUGGAUUCAGUCCUCUCCGUCGCUCUCAUGUUCGCUGCUGCCCUUCAUCCUGCAUGCGUUGGCUUCAGUCCUCUCCGUCGCUCUCAUGUUCGCUGCUGCCCUUCAUCCUGCAUGCGUUGGCUUCAGUCCUCUCCGUCGCUCUCAUGUUCGCUGCUGCCCUUCAUCCUGCAUGCGUUGGCUUCAGUCCUCUCCGUCGCUCUCAUGUUCGCUGCUGCCCUUCAUCCUGCAUGCGUUGGCUUCAGUCCUCUCCGUCGCUCUCAUGUUCGCUGCUGCCCUUCAUCCUGCAUGCGUUGGCUUCAGUCCUCUCCGUCGCUCUCAUGUUCGCUGCUGCCCUUCAUCCUGCAUGCGUUGGCUUCAGUCCUCUCCGUCGCUCUCAUGUUCGCUGCUGCCCUUCAUCCUGCAUGCGUUGGCUUCAGUCCUCUCCGUCGCUCUCAUGUUCGCUGCUGCCCUUCAUCCUGCAUGCGUUGGCUUCAGUCCUCUCCGUCGCUCUCAUGUUCGCUGCUGCCCUUCAUCCUGCAUGCGUUGGCUUCAGUCCUCUCCGUCGCUCUCAUGUUCGCUACUGCCCUUCAUCCUGCAUGCGUUGGCUUCAGUCCUCUCCGUCGCUCUCAUGUUCGCUGCUGCCCUUCAUCCUGCAUGCGUUGGCUUCAGUCCUCUCCGUCGCUCUCAUGUUCGCUGCUGCCCUUCAUCCUGCAUGCGUUGGCUUCAGUCCUCUCCGUCGCUCUCAUGUUCGCUGCUGCCCUUCAUCCUGCAUGCGUUGGCUUCAGUCCUCUCCGUCGCUCUCAUGUUCGCUGCUGCCCUUCAUCCUGCAUGCGUUGGCUUCAGUCCUCUCCGUCGCUCUCAUGUUCGCUGCUGCCCUUCAUCCUGCAUGCGUUGGCUUCAGUCCUCUCCGUCGCUCUCAUGUUCGCUGCUGCCCUUCAUCCUGCAAGCGUUGGCUUCAGUCCUCUCCGUCGCUCUCAUGUUCGCUGCUGCCCUUCAUCCUGCAAGCGUUGGCUUCAGUCCUCUCCGUCGCUCUCAUGUUCGCUGCUGCCCUUCAUCCUGCAUGCGUUGGCUUCAGUCCUCUCCGUCGCUCUCAUGUUCGCUGCUGCCCUUCAUCCUGCAUGCGUUGGCUUCAGUCCUCUCCGUCGCUCUCAUGUUCGCUGCUGCCCUUCAUCCUGCAUGCGUUGGCUUCAGUCCUCUCCGUCGCUCUCAUGUUCGCUGCUGCCCUUCAUCCUGCAUGCGUUGGCUUCAGUCCUCUCCGUCGCUCUCAUGUUCGCUGCUGCCCUUCAUCCUGCAUGCGUUGGCUUCAGUCCUCUCCGUCGCUCUCAUGUUCGCUGCUGCCCUUCAUCCUGCAUGCGUUGGCUUCAGUCCUCUCCGUCGCUCUCAUGUUCGCUGCUGCCCUUCAUCCUGCAUGCGUUGGCUUCAGUCCUCUCCGUCGCUCUCACGCCCUCCUCGCCCUCCCUGCGUGCCCCACCCCUCCCCUGCGCGUGUGUGUGUGCGCCACCCCACACAGGGGCAGCAGGUAGCCGCGGGCAGACAGGAAGGACGCGGCCACGGCAGCAGCCGUGCUGGCAGCGGCGGCGGCACGGGAGGCAGCGGGGGGACCCGGGGGAGGCACGCCUCGGCGCAAGCGCUCGUGCAACUGCCAAGGAGGUACUGCGAGUGCUUUGCGGCGGGGCUGUACUGCGAGGGGUGCAAUUGCGUCAACUGCUGCAACUCGCCUGCCAACGAGGCGCAGCACCACGACGCCGUGCUCGCCGUGCUCGACCGCAACCCCAACGCCUUCCGCCCCAAAAUCGCCCCCCACAGCCCCUCCCACGCCUCCGCUUCGUCCCUCCUUUCCAAUGCGUCCCACCCCCCACUCACACUCCCCCCCUGGCAGCAGGGCGAGGCGGCGCGCGUGCACACGCCGGUGGCGGGGCGGCACCGCGCGGGGUGCCACUGCCGCAAGAGCGGGUGUCUGAAGAAGUACUGCGAGUGCUUCCAGGCCAACGUGCUGUGCGGCGCCAACUGCAAGUGCGCCGACUGCAAGAACUACGAUGGCAGCCUCGACCGCCAGGCCGUCGUUGCCGGCCUUGCUGCUGCUGCUGCUGCCGCUGCCGUCACGCCCAUCAAGUUUGAGAUGUCAGCCUACCAGCGCAUGGUCACCCCCACCAAGGCGUCCGCCUUCACGCCUCCUGCUGCACGCCCUGGCCUGCACUCCCACACAUCCCCGCACGCCCACGCACAUGCUCGCACACCCUCUCACUCGCUCGCUCACUCGCACUCCUACCCUCCCUUUCGCCCCCACCACUCGCCUGUGCCUGCCCAUGCUGCUUCUGCUGCUGCUGGGGGUGCCAUGGGCGGGAGUCCCGAGGGCAGCACCAUGCACAUGCACCCUCCUGCCGCCUUGAGGUACGCGCUGGCUGAGCUGGGAGGGAGUGAGGUGUGGGCAGCAAACGGUGUGUUUCCCUUGAGUGAUUCCCCGCCCCUUUCAUCUCCUUUCCAUCCCCUCGUCCCUUUGUCCAUGCCACCUCUCACUCACCCUGUCUCCUCUCACUCACCCUGUCUCCUCUCACUCACCCUGUCUCCUCUCACUCACCCUGUCUCCUCUCACUCACCCUGUCUCCUCGAACCCCUGCUGGCCCAACCCCCCCCUCCCCACAUGCCCCCCAGGUCGCCCCCCCCGCACCCCCCCAUGGUGGGCCUCUCCCCCUCCCGCGCGCCCUCCACGCCCGCCCUGCCCUCCCCCUCGGCGCGCUCGCCCCUCUCCUUGUGGGCGGCGCGGCGAACGUGCAUGCUCAUGGCGGCGCUGGCGUGGGGCGUGCAGCACGAGUACACCGCGAGCAGUGAGUGGCAUAUCACAAGUCACUCGUAUGCCUCUCUUGCCACCCAUUCGCACGCUCGUCGCUCGCUUGGAAUGCGAAAUGCUUAUUCUGCCUUCCAAUCGGCCUUGUUAUGGUCUGCGCUCUCCGUCUGCACUCUCCGUCUGCACUCUCCGUCUGCGCUCUCCGUCUGCGCUCUCCGUCUGCGCUCUCCGUCUGCGCUCUCCGUCUGCGCUCUCCGUCUGCGCUCUCCGUCUGCGCUCUCCGUCUGCGCUCUCCGUCUGCGCUCUCCGUCUGUGCUCUCCGUCUGCGCUCUCCGUCUGCGCUCUUCGUCUGCGCUCUCCGUCUGCGCUCUCCGUCUGCGCUCUCCGUCUGCGCUCUCCGUCUGCGCUCUCCGUCUGCGCUCUCCGUCUGCACUCUCCGUCUGCGCUCUCCGUCUGCGCUCUCCGUCUGCGCUCUCCGUCUGCGCUCUCCCUUCGCCCUCUCUCUCAACCGGUCCGUAUUAUGAGUUGCGUGUGAGUGCAUUGAAGACCAGAGCUGCAGUGUCCACCCGGCCGGAGCCAGAGGCAGUGCGGGCAGCAGAGGCAGCAGAGGCAGUGCGGGCAGCAGAGGCAGCAGAGGCAGCAGAGGCAGCUGAGGCAGCUGAGGCAGCAGAGGCAGCAGAGGCAGCUGAGGCACGCGCUGCAGCAGUGGAGCCUUCUCCGCACGCGCCCGCACAGCAGAGCCCCCCCCACAGCCCCACCGCCACAGUCAAGCUCGGCUUCCAGGGCCCCCAGGUGUCUGGUCCUCCUCAGGUGUCUGCUGCUCCUCAGGUGUCUGCUGCUCCUCAGGUGUCUGCUGCUCCUCAGGUGUCUGCUGCUCCUCAGGUGUCUGCUGCUCCUCAGGUGUCUGCUGCUCCUCAGGUGUCUGCUGCUCCUCAGGUGUCUGCUGCUCCUCAGGUGUCUGCUGCUCCUUGGGCAGAGUGUGAGCGAGCAGGCAGUGCAGGCGAGGUGGGGGAUUGCUGCAAGGGGGCGAGUGAGAGGGCAGAGGGGCAGGGCGGGCGAGGGGAGGGGAGCAGGGCGGUGGAAGCGGAGAGCAGGGCGGUGGAAGCGGAGAGCAUGGGUGGGCUGGCGGGGCACGGUGGGGGGGAGGGGAGUGAGGCGGACGGUGAUCGCCAAGGGCAGGGGCAGGCGAGAGAGGGAGGCGCGGGUGGAGGCGCGAGGGCGGAUGAGGCGGUGACAGGCGUGCUUGGUGACAGUAGCCCUGGUAACGCGGAGGAUGAGAAGGAGAUAGACAGGGUAAGAAACGAGGAGAGGGAUGGGGGUGUGGAAAGGGAAAGGGAGGAAAGGGAAGGGGAGGAAACGGAAGGGGAGGAGAGAGAUAGCGAGGAUAAAGAUGAGAAAGAGAAGUAUGGGGCGGAGAGGGGUGGGGAGGAGAGGGAUGUGGGGGAGAGUGAUGGGGAGAAGAGAGGAUGGGAGGAGAUUGAAGGAGAAAUGAGAGAAGAGGAGGAGAGCAGAGAAGAGAGAGAAGGGGAGGAGAGGGGAGGGGAUGGGACAGAUGGGGAAAAUAACGACGAGAGAGAAGCUGAUGAGAGUGAAGGGCCAGGGAUGGAACGAAGGGAAAGAAUGAGGAGCGAGGAGAAGGCGAGAGAUGAUGACGAGAGGGGAGGAACGGAGAAUGAGGAGAUGAGGAGUGACGGGAAGGUCCCGAAGGAGAGUGUAGAGAAGAGGGGGAAAGGGAAGGUGAAUGAUGAAAAGAGGAGGGACGGGAGCGAGAGAGAAUCGAACAGGAGGGAAGGGAAGGACAGGGAUGGAGAGGAGAGAGGUCGAGAGAGGCCAGAUGGGAAGGAGAGCGAUUGGAAGGAGAGAGAUGGCAAGAGGGAACGGAAGGGGAGAGAAAGAAGUCGAGAUGUGAAAGAGAGGGAACGGAAGAGGAGAGAUGGGAAGCACAGAGAAGGGCGGGCGAGAGAAUUGAAGAAGAGGGAAGGUAGGGAGGGAGAAGCAAGGAAGAGGGAAGGGAAGGAGAGAUACAGAGAGAGCUACGUAGAAAAGUGGAGAUACAAGGAGAGAGAUAGUAAGAGGAGAGAAGGAAAGGAUAGAGAUGGUAAGGAUAGAGAAGGUUGUUAG